AUGCCUCCACCGUUCGCAAAAACGCCGACAAGUAGCGCGACGUCGUCGCCUCACAUCACGUUCUCGACGAGCACACCAACUGGAACGAACCCGUAUACGCCCAGCUCUGCCCAAGCACCCAUGGUUCACCAAGCGCAGAAGCGCCCAAGACCCGAAGAUGAAUCACAAGAAGCACAAGCAAAGCGGGCCCGCAACGACUCCAUCACAACCUCACAAGAGCAGCGCUACAACGACAACAAGCCCGCAAUCGAAGCCUGGUGCAAAGCGCAGCAAACCCACCCUAAAGCACGUUGGUACGAGAAACUUCACGCUUGGGAAACAAAUGGCUGUCGCGACGUGCGACGCAAGUCGCCCACAACAGCAUCGCCGCCUACUCCCUUGCCCAUCACACAAACCCCCGGAAUGGAUUCGCCAGCCGAGAUCCUCGCCACCCGCCAACAAUGGGGCGACACAAAACCAGACGCUCGCAUACAUCCCCUAGACAAAGCCCCCGUCCCCGAAUAUCCCACCGAAGACUCACUCGCGGCCUGUACAAAGAGGCCGGAUGGCUUGUACAAGUGCCUGCAUCCUGAGGGAAGUCACCACAAGUGCUGCUCGGAGGGUCUUACAGAGAAGAACAAGAAACAUGCUAUUGGCAAGCAGAUCCGGGCGUGGAAGACGCGGGUUGAGGAGAUGGUGCUCAAGGGGGAGCUGCAUGUUGCGCAUAAGACGUGGGGGGAUUGGAAUAAGAAGUGUAAGGAGAGUUAUGGGGGGGAGGUGGGGAGGUGGGAUGGGGUGUUGGGGCUGUUGGGGGGAGGGCUGGGGAGGAAGGGGGGAGGGGGGAUGGCUGUGUCGCCAGUUCCUCGUCCUGCAGCGGCGCCUGCUUCUCUUUCCGCAGCGGCACCUGCUCAUCAGACUCAUUUCCAGGCCGCACGCCAAGCAGUCCCGCAGGGUCGUGGGCUACAACCCUUCGUUCCAUCUGCGUCACCGACUCAGCAGAUGUCCUCGUUGCGUCAGACCACACCCGCACACGCGACAUCGCGGCAGUUUCAGCAUCAGUCUCUACCGCCGCGGUCAUUUCAACAUCCAGCCAACACGGGAAGUAUAGCGAGUCCAGAAGCUCGUCCAGUGUCUCAAGCGCAACCUCAAGCGCAACAUACCCUCACCAAUUCGCCGGUCCAAGACUUCGUCCCAUCUGCCACAUCCAGAAGUCCGGCUCCAGCAGCAAAGCGUCAAGCUGGCGAACCUGCAUUUGGCUACAAUGGAUUGUCUUCAAAUGGAUCACAUCGACAGCAGGAACUUGCCAGCUUCUCUCCUCAGCGCAGGUCGCAGGAGCAUACUGCGAUCGCAUCUGCAACAGCCCCCUCUUUCGCUCACCAUUUGGCGCAAUAUGCAACAUCGCCGCCUCAGACACUGUCGCCAGUCGCCUCUGCGCAAUCGGGCCAUCAUAGUAACGGCCUGACUACACCGCACUCCACGAGUCGAAAGCGAGAGCAGCGCGGACCGCAACAGCAAGCUCCGAAGCAGGCUCGAAAUGCGAAUCGACAGCAAGCUGAAGUCCAGCUGCUACCAUCAGGUGUGACGAAAAACCAUGCGGCCAAACCACAUCCAGCGUCGACCCAGAUGGCUACAAGCCCAAGCACAGCGCCAAAGCGCACUUCCGCUUCUAUCAAUACACCAAAAAUGUCCUCGACUACUCACACACUCUCGCCGGAAAAGUCUUCCACGCUUGCAGCUUCGUCGCCUGCGAAGGCAGAGCCUGCUGUCGACUACCGACCGGUAGCAAUGCGCAUGCUGCAACAGCAGAUCAAGGACCACAAGCCUAUUUUGCUUGGUGGACUGAAGAUCACCAGGGAUGAUGUGAAUAGUAAUAUGAGUGGCUGUGUGGGAAGACUGGCGACGGCAUUGCGGUUGGAAGCCGAAGAAGUUGCGCGGAUGGAGGUUGAAGAAGCUGCGCGAAAGGAAGCUGAGGUAGCUGCGCGGAUGAAGGCCGAGGCAGCUGCGCGGAAGCAAGCCGAGGAGACUGCGCGUGCCAACUCGAAAGACGCUUCUCAAGGCCAAGCUGAAACCACCGACGAGAUCGCGGCUCUCGCGGUCUCAAACGACAACGAAGGUCACGAACUAGACUACCUCUUCUCCGACACCCCCAUCCCCGCCUCUCACAGCCACCCCAUCGAUUUCGGCAACCCAAACGACUAUCUCUUCUUCUCCAGCCCCGACAGUCCCGACAAUAACGAAUGGCGCCCAGAGAUCAUACCCGACCUACCACCUAACUUCGGCAAAGUGGACCUCAUAGGGAUGACACGACGGGCCUUUGAAGAAGAACCCUCACCAACCUCACCCUCACAGCCAGAAGAGCAGCCCGAGCCUGAGCAGGAAGUCGACACACCAGCCGACCUGAGCUACCCAGAAGCAUGGUUUAUAGAAGAUGUCGAAGACUUCGUGACCAGUAGACCGCUUCCGGAGUGGAUGACACGGCCUACGACGGACUUCACUUUGGAGAAUAUGCAGGUAGAGGGGUUUGAUGGGGAUUUGGGGAUGCCGGGGGAUCCGGAGGAGUGGGUGCAGGCAACUAGGGCCUGGCGGGAGGAAAGGGAUGCGGGUGCGCGUUGA